CACUCUUAUCUAAGAGGAUAGCCAUUUGAUUCUCUCUUCCUCUCAGUAACAAUGGAGUCGCGGUUGUUGUCACGCGCUUCCACCAUUGCCGGCUUGCCUCAGAUCAGGCCGAAGCUUUCGCGAGACUGUCUCAGUGUUUCGUUUGCUUCGGCUAAGCCUAUCGGAGCCGUCGGAGAAGGCGGGAACGUGAUAUGGGGGAGACAGCUAAGGCCGUCGCUGUUGCUCGAGAGCUCGCUGGCCAAUAAACGGGAGAUUUUGAAGCCGGUUCUAGCUUCCGCGUCGUCGGCGGCCGGGGGAGGAAGCGAUUCCGCCGGGGACGCUGAGAUCGCUCCGGUUGGAUUCUUCCAGAAGUAUCCCGCUCUUGUUACUGGCUUCUUCUUCUUCAUGUGGUACUUCUUAAAUGUAAUCUUUAACAUUCUCAACAAGAAGAUCUACAAUUACUUCCCUUAUCCCUAUUUUGUGUCAGUUAUUCACUUGUUCGUUGGGGUGGUAUAUUGUUUGAUCAGCUGGGCCGUUGGCCUCCCUAAGCGAGCUCCUAUUGAUUCAAACCUACUGAAGUUGUUGAUCCCUGUUGCCGUAUGCCAUGCAUUGGGCCAUGUAACUAGCAAUGUCUCCUUUGCAGCUGUUGCUGUGUCUUUCACCCACACAAUCAAAGCUCUUGAGCCUUUCUUCAAUGCUGCUGCUUCCCAAUUCAUACUUGGACAAUCCAUUCCAUUAACUCUAUGGCUGUCUCUUGCUCCUGUUGUUAUUGGUGUAUCGAUGGCAUCACUGACUGAGCUGUCGUUCAAUUGGACGGGUUUCAUUAGUGCAAUGAUUUCUAACAUUUCAUUCACUUACAGGAGUAUCUAUUCCAAGAAAGCUAUGACCGAUAUGGACAGUACAAAUGUCUACGCUUAUAUUUCCAUCAUUGCGCUCCUCGUCUGUAUUCCUCCGGCCAUCAUUUUUGAGGGCCCUCAAUUAAUGAAGCAUGGUUUCACUGAUGCUAUUGCUAAAGUUGGUAUGACUAAAUUCAUCUCGGAUCUCUUUUGGGUGGGUAUGUUUUACCAUCUCUACAAUCAGUUGGCUACCAACACACUAGAGCGGGUGGCACCACUCACUCAUGCAGUUGGCAAUGUGCUGAAACGUGUGUUUGUCAUUGGCUUCUCAAUCCUGGCCUUUGGAAACAAGAUUUCAACACAGACAGGUAUUGGAACAGCCAUAGCUAUUGCUGGAGUGGCAAUGUACUCUUUCAUCAAGGCCAGGAUGGAAGAAGAGAAACGACAAAUGAAAGCAGCAUGAGAAGAAAAGAGGCAAGGAAAUGGAGGAAGCAAAGGAAAGGGGGUGUAAAGUUAGGUCUUUCCUCAUGAAGAUUUUUAAAAAAAAUUUAAAGAAAAAGAUGACAUUGAAUAUCCUGCUGCUGUUUUUGUUCAAUUAUAAUAAUUAUUAUUUCCAUCAAUUUUCUUUUAAUUAGUAUCCCAAAACCAUGGCUAAUUUUCAAGCAGUCAGUAGUGACUGAAAAUAAUGUAUGAUCACACCUACUUUCCUCUCUCA